AUGCUUCUCACUAUACCCGUUGUACUCCACCUGUCCACUCUAUCUGCGUACUAUCUCUCGAGUGUGAAGGCAACGGACAAUCUCUCUAUUCCAGAUGCCUGGCAGAAAACAUCAAAUAUGAGCCGUGAUACUCGUGGCGAACUCGUAUAUGAUGCAGCCGCGACUCUAGCUCAAAACGUCAAUCCUUUGUCGGGAACGACAACCGAGUUUAAAUCGGACAUCCAAGAGCUCGCUGGUUUCUUUGCCGUACUCGCACUGCAAGACUACUAUAGCGCUGACAACACUUCUUGGCACACCGAAGGGGUCGACACCCUGAAGCUCUACAUCCAGAACAAUGGUCUCUACGGCCCCGGACUCACGGAGUCCCAUGUCUAUGCCGACGUCAUAUACUGGGGUCUUGUGGCGUUUUACUCUUACAGAAGUUACCGGGAAGGGACGCUUCUGGACUUGGCGAAGGAAGCAUACAAUGUCACGUAUCAAGGGUUCAUAACACCGGACAUUGCGACUCAGGGCAGUGGUGCAACACGAAAUGUAUCUUUCGCCCCUUCCACUCCAGGUUGCGGGAAAGGCAGGUCUUCUGCUGGCGGGGUUUUCUCCUACGCUGGGAUCCCGAACGAUACCGAAAUAAGCAUCUGGAGUACUGGUCCAUUUAUGACAUUAUCUGCGUAUCUGUUCGAAGAGACUAAUGAUACUCACUAUCAACAAGCGGCCCAGCUGUCUGUCGAUUUCCUCACCACAUUCAUGUGGAAUGGAUCAGUUGUCGCAGACAAGUUUUACCCAACGACUUGCAACACGUCGUUUAAGCCGUUAGUGUUGAACCAGGCGUGGUUUAUAGAAGGACUAUCAGUGUGGGCUAAUGUUACGAAGAACGACACACUCGUAUCGUUCCUUGGGGAUGUUAUUGCGAAUGUGACUACAUUCCCUGGUUGGACUUCGUCGCCUGGCGGUGUUUUGAACCCAGCCAACCUUGAUUCAGACGCCAUGUAUCAGGACAACCCAGGCCUUCUCGUCCGAAGUCUCACCGAAGUCUACAUGCGCACUCCUGGCACAGAGCUUUCCCGUUAUAUCGAGGCUUAUCUUACAGUCCAGUUCAACGCUCUGAGCCACCGGCAGCUACUAGGACCUAAUGCUAGUUUUUACUCACAAACAUGGGUCAACCCUGGAGCUUCUUCCUUCGACGUUCGAGGUAGUAUCGCCGCCGUGGACGCCCUCAACGCUGGUUAUGCCUUGGCACCUACUACGUCAAGACACCGGCCCACCAACAAGUCCGCCAAGAUACGUACGGUGAUCGGCGCCGUAAUUGGUGGUGUCUGUGCAGCAAUCAUCGCACUCCUCGCAGCUCUGGUCUUCCGGCGCCAUCGUCAGCUAAAACACACUUCCGCUGAAGGCGAUACCAACUCGACUGAGAAUGUUAACCCAUUCUUGUCACAUCCUACCUACAGGCAGACUACAAAGUCCUCAGAAGAACGCGCCUUGGAGAUGCUGCCAACUUCUCAGAGCAUGUCACAGCAUGCAUCAAUCGGGGACGAGAGGGCUUUAGCCACACAAGCGCUAGGAGCAGACGAUGAGAUGGCUGAACUGCCGACCUUGGUUCGCCGCCUAAACAACCUUCUAUCGCGCGGACGGCAACCGAUGGAACCGCCGCCGAGUUAUGAGCAGUAG